AAAAGUGGCUGCUUAAUUAAUGAUUUUCCUUCAACCAAAGCAGCGGCUGAGUCAAAAAUUCCAGCCCCAGUAUGUACUCUGAAACCCCAUGAGACGAUGAGAGGCCAUGACAAAUACCCCCCAAAAGCUUGGUGUCAAUUAUCAUAGCCGCUGAUUCCAUAAAAAAAAAAAAUUAUCAUGGCUGCUGAGGAGCUGCUUCUCUAUCUCUUGCUUCUAAUCCUGCGUUUCAUAUUUUCUAUGUCCAUAGACACCAUAACCAUAAACCAAACCAUCACAGGGGGCAACUUUCUAAUCUCCCAAAAUAACACUUUCGCCUUAGGUUUUUUCAGCCCUGGCAGUUCUAGCUAUAGGUAUCUUGGAAUUUGGUUCCACAAGGUUUCAGGACAAACGGUGGUGUGGGUCGCAAAUAGGAACAAUCCCAUCAAUGGCUCAUCUGGAGUUCUCUCAAUCAACCAAUAUGGAAACCUCGUUCUCUAUGGUGAUCGUGACCGAAAAACACAGGUAUGGUCUACCAAUAUUUCGGUGGAAGCAACAGGUGAUUGUGAGGCUCAGCUAUUGGAUUCAGGAAAUUUGGUUUUGGUCCGAGGAGGUACAAGUGAAAGAAUUGCAUGGCAAAGCUUUGAUUAUCCUACAAACACCCUGCUGCAAGGAAUGAAAUUUGGGUUGGACAAAAAAACAGGUCUGAAUAGGUUCCUAACAUCAUGGAGAUCAGCUGAUGAUCCUGGAAGUGGGGAGUACUCGGUUAGGCUAAACCCAAGUGGCUCACCACAGUUCUUUCAAUACAAAGGUGCGAAUCAAUACUGGCGCAGCGUUCCAUGGCCAUGGAAAACAAUAGCAAAUGUUUACAACUACAGCUUUUUAAAUACAGAAGACGAAAUAUACUUCAGAUAUAGUUAUAGUGAUCCCUCUGUUAUAAUAAGAAUGUAGGAUGAAGCAGGAUUUGUAAAGUGGCUAAUAUGGCACGAAAUGGAAGCUCAAUGGAUGGAUUUCUGGUCGGCUCCAAAGUACCGGUGUGACUGGUAUGGAGUGUGUGGUGCUAAUAGUAAGUGUGAACCCAACAAUGUUAAUACAUUUGAAUGUGCUUGUUUACCUGGGUACGAACCCAAGUUCCCUAGGGACUGGCAUCUAAGAGAUGGGUCAGGUGGUUGUGUCAGGAAGCGGCUCCAAUCUUCGUCUGUGUGUGGGCAUGGAGAAGGGUUUUUGAAAGUGGAACAUGUCAAAGUUCCUGAUACUACGGCAGCGAUUUGGGUGGACAUGAGCAUGAGUCACUUGGACUGUGAACAAGAAUGCAAGAUGAAUUGUUCAUGCUCUGCAUAUGCAAGCAUACCCAUUGCUGAGAAAGGAACUGGUUGUUUGGCUUGGUAUGGAGAUUUAAUGGACAUAAUAAAUCUCUCUGAUAACAGUGGUUAUGAUCUAUAUGUCCGUGUUGAUGCACUUGAAUUAGCUAAGGAUGGAACCAAAUCCAACGGUUUUCUUCAAAUGAAGGGAAUAUUGGUCGUUGUGAUACUAUCAUUCAUUUCUGCAUGGCUUGUCAUCAUCACAUUCAUCUAUUUCUGGUUCUGGAGGAGGAGAAAAACAGGGAUAAGGAAGAACAGAUUAAACAAAAAGUUGUUUGAUUCUGGUAUUGGUUCAAAUUAUUUUGAAGAUUCUUUGGAGGAAAAUGGGCUCAUAAGAAGUAGGAAUCAACCAGACUUGCUAUUUUUUGAUUUCGGCAGAAUUCUUGCUGCUACUAACAAUUUCUCUGCAACCAACAUACUUGGACAAGGCGGUUUUGGCUCUGUUUAUAAGGGUAAGCUAUCUAAUGGACAGGAGAUAGCUGUAAAAAGAAUGUCCAAAAAUUCAAGACAAGGAAUUGAAGAAUUCAAAACUGAAGUUAUGCUGAUUGCAAAACUUCAGCACAGGAAUCUUGUGAAACUUCUAGGUUGCUGCACUAAGAAAAAAGAACAAAUGUUAAUAUAUGAAUACGUGGCAAACAAAAGUUUGGACCAUUUUCUUUUUGAUCAAGAAAGAAGAUUGCUUUUGGAUUGGGGGAAGCGCUUCAAUAUCAUUGUUGGGAUUGCUCGUGGGAUCUUAUAUCUUCAUCAAGACUCGAGACUAAGAAUCAUCCAUAGAGAUUUAAAAAGUAGCAACAUUUUAUUGGAUGAUGAGAUGAAUCAAAAAAUUUCAGAUUUUGGUAUGGCAAGAAUAUUCAAAUGUGACCAAAUUCAAGAUAAGACGAACAGAGUUGUUGGAACAUAUGGUUAUAUGUCACCGGAGUACGCUGUAUUUGGAAAAUUUUCAACAAAGUCUGAUAUAUUCAGUUUUGGGGUGAUAUUAUUAGAGAUUAUAAGUGGGAAGAGAAGCAAUGGCUUUAACCAAGAGGAUGCUUCCUUGAGCUUGAUAGGACAUGUGUGGGAGUUAUGGAGAGAAGGCAGAACACUGGAGAUGGUUGAUUCAUCAUUGGUGGAGUCAUAUAAGCCUGAUGAAGUCUUCAGAUGCAUUCAAAUCGGACUCUUAUGUGUGCAAGAAGAUGCAGUGGACAGACCUACUAUGUCAGCAGUUGUUCUAAUGUUGAACAGCGAAAAAACUCCCCCUUCUCCUAAACAACCUGCUUUCAUUUUCAGGACAUCUUCCAACACUAGCAACUCCAGAGGAGGAGAAGGAUCCUGUUCUGUAAAUGAAUUGUCAAUUACUGCAGAUGCAACACGAUAGCUUUUGGAUUUUUGUACCUGGAAUCAUAUGAUGAUUUCCAACAGAGAUGUAUUGUACAGCCAUCUCAAUAUGAAUUUCAAUUGCCAUUUAACCA